AUGUCAGACAUUGGUGAUCUUUCCGGCAAAGUUGCUCUUGUCACUGGUACCAGCUCCGGUGUGGGCAGGGCAGUGGCCGAAGCAUACGCAUCUGCCGGGGCAUACAUCGUCGCCGCAGACUUGACUCCGGCACCACCCAAAGCACCAGUCUAUGCAGAGGCCAUGAAGAAGGCGGGAAUAGAUAAGGUCACCCCAACCGUGGACUUGAUCAACCAAAAGUACGCCUCCACGGGAUCUUCACCUCGUGCAAUAUUCGUCCAGUGUAAUGUGACAGACUCAAACUCCGUCAAGGACGCCGUUGCAGCUGCAGUCGAACGAUACGGCCGCUUGGACAUUAUGGUAAACAAUGCAGGGAUAUCUUCUGUGUUCAGGUCAAAGUCUUUCCUAGAAGGACAGCCUUGCAGAGCCCACGAAAUGGACGAUGAGGUCCUUGAAAAAGAUUUGGCUGUCAACGUCCGAGGCGUAUUCCUCGGUAUCAAACACGCGGCAGCGCAGUUUUUGAAGCAAUCGCCUCACUCCUCGGGCGAUAGGGGCUGGAUCGUGAACACGUGCAGCGUGAAUGGGCUGGUUGGGUCCCCAGAUUCAGCAUCAUACUGUGCCUCCAAAGGAGCGGUCCUGAUGCUGACACGAGCUACGGCCUUGGACUACGCGAAAGACAGAAUCCAUAUCAAUUGUGUCGUUCCUUGUUGGGUACAAACGGCUAUGCUGGAACCUGUCAUGGGGCAGGACAGCUCACACGCUGACUCACAGACGGAGAAGAUCGGUGGGAUGCCUCCCUGGGGACGAAUGGCACAACCUGAGGAAAUUGCGAAAAUGUACGUCUUCUUAGGGGGGCCAGGUAGCUCGUUUUGUACUGGCCAGGCAUUUGUAGUCGACGGAGGGUAUACAACGCAGUAG